ACGAGAACCCGGUAAAUUGACUUGACUGUCUUUGCAUGACUUGAGGUUGAAACAGAGAGCAUACGGAGCUUCUUCAGCAUUUAACGGGAUCUUACGACAGAACGAAUCAGUCACCAUGUCCUCCAACAAAAAUGUGUCAACAUAUGAUGAUGAGAAUGAAUCAAAAUUUAUGAGGAAAGCGAAGGAGUCUCCGUUUGUCCCAAUAGGCAUGGCAGGAUGCGCUGCAGUGGUCGCCUUUGGUCUGUGGAGGCUCAAGUCGCGGGGAGACACAAAGAUGUCCGUCCACCUCAUCCACAUGCGUGUUGGAGCUCAAGGCUUUAUAGUAGGAGCAAUGACAUUAGGGGUGAUCUACUCUAUGUACAAAGAAUACCUUGCCCCGAAGGACCCAGGUAAAGACAGCAAGUGAGCCUACCAGCCAAUUAGCAAGUGACAUGACCAGAAAACGCUCCAUGCCUGCCAUUCCUGCCAUUCCUGCAUUCUACCCUUAGAAAUAGAAGUAAUAGAAUGGAUUAUCUGUCAAAAUAACAUUCCAUUGAUGAUGUCAUUUAUUUUGGGUGAGGGCGUGACUUAAGUUUAGCAGCAUUUCAAUCUGGCAAUCACUUUGAAGAAGGUUAAUACAUUUGAGGAAGUCAAGUGGCACAUUCAUUCUGUGUAUUCUGUUUCUAACAUUACCUCUUUGCUAGACACCUGCUGUAAACCACCAGUAAAAUGCCACCUUGAAGGCGACCCAACACACCCAUAAACUCCUAUAGCCAAUCCACUCAUUGACCAUUGUCAACCUCACCAUGAAGGGUUAUUGUUAUUAUUUAAUAAAUAAUAUUGGUUAUUUUCUAACAUUUA